UCAGAGGGGGAUUUGCCAUGGCCUUCCCCUGAGGCUGAGAGAGUGUGACUCGCCUAGAGGUCACUCAAGCCACUUGCCUGCUGCAGUUAAAUGAACCAAUACCUGGAGGAUUCCCUUCCCUUCCUGCAGGGAAUGAUGUCACAAAAAGGCCUGACAUCAGCUCCAAGAGACCAAGCCGGCUGAGAAGAGACCCUUCCUUGGACUCUGGAGACCUUUCGACCUCCGGUUCCUUGAUGUCGGUGGUGAAGUCCAUCGAGCUGGUGGUGCCCAAGGAGGUCUACCUGGCCGGGUCGGACAUCGACGGGCAGCUGGUCCUGACCCUCCACAGCACCUUGGUGGACCCUCUGGUGAAGGUGGAGCUGAUCGGAAGGGGCUACCUGGAGUGGAUCGAAGAGACCAACGUGGAGAAGGACUACAGCCAGCCGGGGACCUGCGUCAACAAGGCCGACUACGUCCACAAGACCAAGACCUUCAAGAUCGAGCGGAACUGGCUGGGCCCCGGAGUCCAUACAUUUGACUUCCACUUUGUCUUACCUCCCCGGAUCCCUUCUACAUUCACCAGCCGAGUCGGGCGGAUCUGUUACUUCCUCCAAGCUCUCUGCGCAACUCGGGAGCUCAUCCUGGGGAAGCUGAAGAAGUACAUCAUGGUCCAAGGGACCUCCGUCUUCAGCCAAGACACUGUGGAGUCGGAGUACCCGCUGGUGGUGGAAGUCCGGAAAGCCCUCCUGUACAACUGUUGCUUCCACAGUUCCCCCAUCACAGUCCGCCUCUCUCUGGACAAGAGCAUCUACGCUCCCGGGGACGACAUCGGCUUCACGAUGGAGAUCACCAACGAGACGGGCAAGUCCAUCAAGAAAGUAGUCUUCGCCCUCCACUCAGUGGUCCUCUACAAGGCCUUCAACCUCCGGGCCGAGCGGCGGACGCUGGAGCAGCGGGAGGAGAUGGUUCGCCUGGAGUCCCACGUGGCCAACAACCCCUGCGAGGUCACCAAGAUCCACAGCAUCAUCUCCCUUCCCAAAGUGAUGCCCGUCAGUUCCUGCUGCAAGUCCGACGACAUCAUGGACAUCGGCUAUGAGCUGACGGCGACGGUCCACUUCCCCUGGUGCAUGAGCACGGUGGCCGCCAAGAUCCCCAUCAUCAUCAGGAACGUCGCCGAACCCAAGGGGUAG